CGCUUCCGAGGAUAAAGUUGCGCUCGCAUGACGGUGCACAAGCCCAACAAGCGACGCGACAGCGCAACGAAGCGCCAGCGCAGCAAGCCGCCGCCAGAGACGCCCUCGAGCCGCCCGCCGCUACCGCCUCUGGAGAUCCAUGCGCCGCCAGCAGCUGUCGCGAUUACGAGCCCGAUCAUGAUUGCCGCGCGGCCGCCACCGCUGGUGAUCCCGCCGCUGUCGAUGCCCGCCGCCGCACCGACGCCACGCCGGACGCCAUCGUCGCGGCCGUCGUCGCCUCGACAAAAGGUCAACCUCGCGCCGCAGCGCGCGCUGCUCGUGGACUUUUUGUACCGCGAAGUGUUUGGCAUCAUGGAGAUCAAAGAGAGCGAAGGACCGCACAACCAGCAGCGCGUCGUCAACUUUCUCAAGUCGUUUGUCGAAAUCGAAAAGCUCGUGCUCUACGGCCUCCUCCUCUGCAUCGACAGCUUCAUCUACGUCUUCACGUACCUCCCGCUGCGCAUCGUCCUCGCGCUCGGCUCGGGCGUCGUCUCGAUCUUUUACAAGCGCACGUUCCGCCGGUCGCACAUGCACGACAUGCUCCUCGCGAUCAUCAUGGUGCUCAGCACGAGCGUCUUGUACCAAGUGGACAUGUCCCGCGUGUACCACUUGAUCCGCGGCCAAGCACUCAUCAAGCUCUACGUGCUCUUUACGAUGCUCGAGAUUGUCGACAAGCUCUUUUGCUCGCUGGGCCAAGACGUGCUGGACGCCAUGUACUUUACUGUCAAGUUCCAGCCGCGCCGCAUUGGCCGCAUGACGUUUGACUUCACCAUCUGCAGUCUCUACGUCGUGCUGCACUCGCUCCUCCUCUUUGGCCAGGUCGUGACGAUGAACGUGGCGAUCCACUCGAGCUCGACGUCGCUCCUCACGCUCCUCAUCUCCAACAACUUUGCCGAGCUCAAGACAAGUGUGUUCAAAAAGUUUGAGGAGCAAAACCUCUUUCAGAUUGCAUGCAGCGAUAUCGUCGAGCGGUUCAAACUCAUGCUCAUCAUCGGCCUCAUCUUGCUCCAGUCCGACGGCAAGGACGUGGCCGAUGGCACGGCCAUGGUACUGCUAGCCGAGAUGCUCAUCGACUGGAUCAAGCACGCAUUCAUCACCAAGUUCAACCAAAUCCCGCCGAGCGUCUACUCCAAGUUCAUGACGAUUCUGUGUCGGGACGUCUCGGGCUACCGGAGCGACUCGACGAUCCAAGACCACACGCAGUUUGUAUCGCGCCGCCUCGGGCUCAUCUCACUUCCGCUUGCGUGCGUCACGGUGCGCAUGGUGCACGAGGCGCUCAAGGACGCCGAGACGGCCGCGUCGCUUGAGGGCGACUGGGCGUUCACCAUGUCGCGACCUGCGUGGGCGGUCAUCCUAGUGCUCGCGUUCGUUUGCCUCAGCGCCUUCAAGGUUUUGCUUAGUCUCUGGCUCAUGGUGCAUGCGUGUCUCUCGGGGCGCCUGAGCUCGUCGUGGAAGUCGGCCCCACCCUCGUCGCCCCGUGCCCGUGCGCCGCGAGAGUCCGUGGCCACGCCGGUCGCCGAUCCCACAUCGCGCUUCUCCAUCUAAGUCCCAACCGGGCGCAAAAGGACGACUGCAUUCGAAUCGAGUCAAUCUCUGUCUAUC